AUGUCGAAAGUUGUGAGCAACAAGGAGAAGAAAUCCUUCAGUAAGAAACUGUUCCGGAGGAGCUCGGUCCGCUCCGUGGGGAGCUUCAUGAACAGAGUUCUCCGGACUCUGUCGACUCUGUCUCACUUCGGCACCGACGAGCAGGCCGCCGAGGACGUGAAGGACGACGCAACUUUGCCCCCGACCACCACCGGGGGGUCGCUCCCGUCCGACGACAGCGACUGCGGGGGUUACCCGUUCGGGGACAAGGUGCCGGGCGUCGCCGGGCUCAAGAACCACGGCAACACCUGCUUCAUGAACGCCAUCCUGCAGUGCCUGAGCAACACGGAGCUGUUUGCGGAGUACCUGGCCCUGGAGCAGUUCAAAGUGGGGGAGACGACCGGCGGCAACGACAAGGCCAAGGCCAACGGGGUGCUGGUGCAGAAGAAGGCGAGCCAGCAGCAGCAGGAGGCGGGGGAGGUGACCGAGCAGCUGUCCGGUCUGGUUCGGGCUCUGUGGACCUUCGAGUACACGCCUCAACACAGCAGAGACUUCAAGAAUGUGGUGUCAAAGAGCGCCCUCCAGUUCAAGGGUAACUCCCAGCACGACGCCCAGGAAUUCCUCCUCUGGUUGCUGGAUAGAGUUCAUGAAGACCUUAACAAUAUCGUCCACCCUGACAUCAGACCUCCCAGGAAGCCUCCAGUAGAAGAAGAAAAUGCCCGUGAAGGAUCUCCACUACCAGCACCUGGCUCUUUUGUACAGGAGCUGUUUCAGGCACAAUACAGGUCCUCGCUGACUUGCCCUCACUGCCAGAAACAGAGCAACACCUUUGAUCCUUUCCUCUGCAUCUCACUGCCAAUUCCGGUACCUCACACACGGCCCCUGUAUGUGACAGUGGUCUACCAAGGGAAGUGCUCCCACUGCAUGAGAGUCGGCGUGGCGGUGCCUCUCUCUGGCACCGUGUCCAGGCUGAGACAAGCUGUGGCCCAAGAGACCAAAAUCCCUGCUCAACAGAUCGUCCUCACUGAAAUGUACUAUGAUGGCUUUCACCGCUCCUUCUGCGACGACGAUGACGACCUUGAGAUCAUUCAGGAGAGCGACUCCAUCUUUGCCUUCGAGACACCUGAGCUAUUCAGACCGGAGCAGAUCCGCUCCAAGCGAGGCGGGAGCCCACAUGCAAAUCUCAACCAGAACAACCUGAAGUAUGGCACAGAUAAUAACAGGAUAUCCACGCAAAUACAGGAGCCGACGACCCCGCCUCAGAGCCCCAACAAGAACAGUGGGCAGGCCGAGAAGAUUGUGCUGUUGGUGUGUAACAGAGCCUGCGCUGGACAGCAAGGGCGCAGGUUUGGUAAUCCGUUCAUUCUGUAUUUGGAGCGCACCGUGACGUGGGAUGUACUUCAGAAAGAGAUCUUGGAGAAGAUGCGGCAUCUUUUGCGCCCUGGAGUCUUUGUGCAGGUAGGGCCCUUCACUUUGCGUGUGGUGGGAGUGGUUGGAAUCACAUAUCUCUUGCCUCAGGAGGAGCAGCCGCUCUGCCAUCCCUCCGUGGAGAGGGCAUUCAAGUCCUGCGGUCCUGGAGGGCCACCUCAUGUCAAAAUUGUUGUGGAAUGGGACAAAGAGACGAAAGACUAUCUGUUCAAAAGAACCGAGGAUGAAUACAUCCCAGAUGCUGAGAGUGUGCGGCAAGUGAAGGAGCAGCACCUGCAGCCGCAGACGUGUUCGCUUGCCCAGUGCUUUCAGCUCUACACCAAAGAGGAACAGCUCGCUCCUGAUGAUGCCUGGAGAUGUCCACACUGUAAGCAGCUUCAGCAGGGCAGCAUCAAGCUCAGCCUGUGGACCCUGCCGGACAUCCUCAUACUUCACCUGAAACGCUUCAGACAGGAUGGAGACCGGCGGAUGAAGAUGCAGAACAUGGUGAAGUUCCCGCUCACAGGCAUGGACAUGGCGCCCCAUAUGGUGAAGAGGAGCCAGAGCAGCUGGAGUCUCCCCUCCCACUGGUCACCAUGGAGACGGCCUUAUGGGAUGGGCCGUGACCCGGAGGAUUACCUCUAUGACCUGUACGCGGUGUGUAACCAUCAUGGGACCAUGCAGGGAGGACAUUACACAGCUCACUGUAAGAACUCCAUUGAUGGACAGUGGUAUUGCUUUGAUGAUAGCGAUGUUCAGCCUAUAUCUGAAGAUGAGGUCUGCAAGCAGACUGGUUACAUCCUGUUUUAUCAGAGACGUGCCACAAUUCCAUCUUGGUCUGCCAACAGUUCUGUGGGAGGAUCCACCAGUUCCUCUUUGUGUGAGCACUGGAUUAGUCGGCUGAUGGGGAGCCGUCCACCCAGCCAAGCCUCAUCUGGUUCGUCUAGACGCACCUCACUGGCUUCCCUCUCUGAGUCGGCUGAGUUUGCUGGUGAACGGAGCGAGGAUGACGGUUUAUCAGGCCGUCCAGCAGUGAGGGGCAUGCAAAGACAAACAUUCUCCUCAAGAUCUUCCAUCGCCAGCCCGCUGGCGCUCAGCGAAAAUGGCACUAAACCAUCCUGGUCCCACUCCGCUAAGCUCCAGCUCCGUUCCAACUCUCCGUCACGCUUCUCCCUGGAAUCCCACUCGUCCUCCCCGACACUGGAGAGGAUAGGAGAAGUGGUUGAUAGCAAGCUGUCGACGUCCUGUUUCAGUGGGUCCCCAAAGCCAGAAAAAUUGUCAGCUGGUAAGUCAGCCCUUGCAGCUUUGGAUAGUAAUCCAGGCAGUAAGAGGCUGAUUGAGCAGGUUCACUCCAAGGCCGUGGCACAGGCAGAGCAGAGGAGCUCCAUCCAGGCUGGGGAUAACAACAACGUAGUGACUGCUGCUGAGCAGGUCAGUCCUCGACACGGGGCGGCUGCAAAGGAGACCAAACAAAGAAAUGGUGCCGCAGAUAGCGCCGGUGUUAAAAGGACCUCAGCAAAGACCGGGUUAGAGAGUGAAAGGAGUCCCAAGAAGCGUCCUGCCACCUCCUCAACGUCAUCCAGCUCUCUGUCUCCUGCAUCCCCAGCCGUUGACAAGUUGCCGUCUCGCACACAGGCUAAGGGCGCAGUAUCGGCGCCAAACCCCAAGGAUAAAGGCGAGGGACCACCUAAAACUAGCAAGGCUGGUUCCUCGAGAACAGCAACUCCGUCUAAGAAAGGGCCAUCCCAAACGCCGGAGGUGUUACAUCCUGACUCUGCCCAGCAGAAGAAGAGUGGUUCUCCAGGAUUACAAAGCUCACACCCUCAGAGGAGGACAUCACCCAGAGGGGGAGGCGAGAAAAGCUCAGCCUCAGGCAGGACUAGAGCAGCAGACAGGAGCACAAGCCGUGAAUCCUCACGGACCAAUGCGGUCCCAGAGAGGAAGGUUAACCCUGGAGGUCCUCCCUCCAGGUCGAGUGCUGCUAGUAGAGCGGAGGGCAGGCCGGGCCGUGCUGCGGAGAACAAGGCUGCGGGCCGAAGCUCAAGCAGCAGCUCCUCUAUGACUAGCCUCCGAUCCUCGAGUGUAGGCGUUUCCUCUGCAGCCCCGCCAUCAAAGGGACCUCAAAGGAACAGUAAGACAGAGGAGAAAGGUUUGUCCUUCUUCAAAACUGCUCUGAGGCCCAAAGAGACCCGUAAGUCAACUGACGGUGGGAAAGAAGGGGCGGGAGAAGCGAAAGCAAGUCCAGAGGACGGUGGCGGGGAUGCAGCUAAAGAAGGAACUCCACAGGGAGCCGGCAAGAAAGCCCAGAAUGUGGCCUCAGAGGCCCAGACCAAUGUGACCACAGCCAAAGACAAGGAGUCCUCUAAGGCGUCCGCUGCAGCUAAGCAUUCACUGCUGCCCUCCACAAAGUCCAAGCUCUCCGGAACAGAAACCACCACGCAGCCCUCUGCCAACGCAAAAGACCCUUCAAAGAAAGAGCCUGUCAAAAAGACAAUGCAGUCGAGGAAGAUCCCCAUCAACUCCACACAAACUAGCCAGAGGGCCAAGUGA